UUAUAUUUUAUGUGGGAUGUAUUAAUUAGAGUUGAACACGUGACUCCUAUUAAUAAAGUCUUUUUAGGGCGCCAGUUGGUGUGUGUGUGUGAGCUUCAAAUUUCUGAUCCUAGCUGCGAUUUAUAAGAUCUACAAUGUCAGAAGAUUCCAAGCCUGAUGUGAAGCCUGAUGUCCAGACAGAGAGUGAGCACAUCAACUUAAAAGUAACUGGCCAGGAUGGCUCAGUAGUCCAUUUCAAAAUCAAGCGAAACACACCGCUCAAGAAACUGAUGCAGGCGUACUGUGACAGACAGGGCUUUCAAUUAUCCACCAUCAGAUUUGUGUUUGACGGGAAUAGUGUUGGACCCGAGUGCACUCCGAAUGCACUUGAAAUGGAUGAUGAGGACACCAUAGAAGUAUUCCAGCAACAAACUGGUGGCUCCUCUUAGUGAACUCACUACCCCAUUUUGUUGUUGUGUUCAUGACCAAUAAACCAUGCACAUUUCUAGCUAACGUCUUGCUCAUACGUGUUACACAUGCACAUAUACUCCAUUCAUGUUCCUUUCUGGUCUGAUUUAAUUGCUCAUUAUUGAUGCAACAUGUUGGCAUGGGACAUUAUUAAUUAUAAUAUCAAUGA